UAUCAAAUUCUCAUUCUCAAUUCUAAAGCCUAAUUCUCAAUUCUAGGGUUUUUCUCUCUCCUCUUUUAUCACCUUCAUCACUACUAUCCCACUCUCUCCCAACAACAUCAACAAUGGUGGCCGCAAGUUUCGAAGUCGGUUUCGUCCCUUUCAACCCCGACGGCUGGGGCCCACCCGAAUCCUCCACCACCACCACAACCACAACCACAACAACCACCACUCCAUCCCCUUCCUCCACCGUUCCCGUCAACGUCCCUUUCGCCCCCUUUUCCCGCUCCGAAAAACUCGGCCGAAUCGCCGAUUGGACUCGCAACCUCAACAACAACCCUAACCGUCGCAACAACAAUCUCAACGACGCUGUUUUCGACUUUUCCGGCGACGAUUCCUUCGCCGCUACUCUCGCCGCCGACGAAGACUCCUCCUUCCGUCUGGUCGACGGUAAACCCCCUCCUCGCCCUAAAUUCGGCCCAAAAUGGCGUUUCCACCACCACCACAACAACCCCUCUCGUCACCUCCCUCAGCGCAAAGACGAAGAAGUCGAAGCGCGAAAGCGCGAGGCGGAGAAAGAGCGCGCCCGACGAGAUCGUCUCUACCACAACAACCGCACUGGAGGCGGUGGAAACCAACGACGUGAAGCUGCUGUUUUCAAAUCCUCCGUUGAGAUCCAACCUGAAUGGAAUAUGCUUGAGCAGAUUCCAUUCUCUACUUUCUCAAAGCUAUCGUUUUCGGUCCCCGAACCAGAGGACCUUCUAUUUUGUGGCGCUUUGGAAGGGUAUGAUCGAUCCUAUGAUCGUCUUACCCCGAAGAAUGAGCGUAGGCUUGAGAGGUUUAAGAAUAGGAACUUUUUCAAGGUUACUACUACUGAUGAUCCUGUUAUUAGGAGGCUUGCUAAUGAGGAUAAGGCUACGGUUUUCGCUACCGAUGCCAUUUUGUCCUCGUUGAUGUGUUGUCCUAGGAGUGUUUAUAGUUGGGACAUUGUGAUUCAAAGGGUUGGUAAUAAAUUGUUUUUUGAUAAGAGGGAUGGGUCUCAGUUGGAUUUGUUGUCUUGUCAUGAGACUUCUCAGGAGGCGUUACCAGAGUCUAAGGAUGAUAUUAAUUCGGCUCAUUCAUUGAGUGUUGAGGCUGCUUAUAUUAACCAGAAUUUCUCUCAGCAGGUUUUGGUUAGGGAAGGGAAGAAGGUGGCUUUUGAUGAGCCGAAUCCGUUUGCCAAUGAGGGAGAGGAGGUUGCUUCUGCUGGGUAUAGGUAUAGGAGGUGGAAGCUUGAUGAUAAUAUGUAUUUGGUUGCUAGGUGUGAGUUACAGAGUGCACUUGAUAUUAAUAAUCAGAGGCAGUUUUUGACACUUAAUGCUUUGAAUGAGUUUGAUCCUAAGUAUUCCGGUGUCGAUUGGAGGCAGAAGUUGGAGACUCAAAGAGGGGCUGUUUUGGCUACUGAGUUGAAAAACAAUGCUAAUAAGUUGGCUAAGUGGACUGCUCAGGCUCUUUUGGCUAGUGCUGAUAUGAUGAAGUUGGGUUAUGUUUCGAGGGUUCAUCCUAGGGAUCAUUUUAAUCAUGUCAUUCUCGGUGUUGUUGGGUAUAAGCCUAAGGAUUUUGCAUCUCAGAUUAAUUUGAACCCCAAUAACAUGUGGGGAAUUGUUAAGAGUAUUGUUGAUAUGUGUAUGAAGCUGGGUGAGGGCAAGUAUGUGCUGGUUAAGGACCCCUCCAAGCCUCAGGUGAGGAUUUACGAGGUGCCUGCUGAUGCUUUUGAGAAUGAUUACGUCGAGGAGCCGUUGCCUGAGGAGGAGCAAGCUCAGCCUCCUACCGAAGAUGCUGCUAAUGUUAUUUCUUCUGACAUUAGUGUGGCUGCUACUGAUGUGGAGGACAAGGAGAUUAGUGCUGUGCCUUAAAAGGGUCAGCGAGAUAGUGGUGAAGAGAGACAUUGCUUUGGCUGUGUUGAUUAAGCAGGAUUACAAAGAGAAUUAUGCUGGGAUUGUGAUCAUCGGUCCGUGAUUUUGUAGUUGAACUCGUGCUGGGAAAUGUCUAUUUUUCUCCGUUGCAGUAGAGACUCUCGUAAUAUGUAGAGCUAAAGCUGAAACCGAAGGGUUUUAGUGAACCCCAAAUUUUGGUUGCUGCGAAUAACAAGUUGUUUGUGUGUUAUCAAAGAUAUGUGAUACUAUAUGGUUUUCUAACUUGGAUUAUAUUUAUUGUCAUAAUGUAUUUCUUGAUUCCAUUAAUCAGUGAAAUCUUGAUGUUGUUUUGUAAA